AUGGUGUUACCCAAGCCUUCACAGAUUUUGAAGAGCAUCAUUGCUUUGCCGGACUGUCCUGCCGCCUCAGCCGCUAACGCCCUCCCAAUCACCUCCAGCAUGGUGCCCUGUAUUAAGACGCCUCAAUCCGUCAGCCCUAAUCCUUCUACCCCUAGCCAUGCCUAG